UGGCGCUGCAGGAUAAGAAGGUACAAAACGAACAGCAGCUGCAGCUCCAUUAACUUGCAAAAUUUACCAUCAGAGCUUGGAAGCCCACCGGAAGCGUGGAUGCCAAAGAAAGGCAGAGUGGGUCCUCUGAAAAGGACUACUUGCUGGAAUAUUUCUGAGGUGUAAUAUCUGGUGGAAUAACCGCGACCUCGGACACUAGGACUUUACAGUUCUGCAGAACCACCCUCACAGGAGGCUGUACGGAACAAUGGAGCCCAGCGGGAAGCUCAUUUGCAGACAAAGGCAAGUCCUGUUUUCCUUUCUUCUCCUUUUGGUCUUAACCGUGGCGGGCGCGGCGGAGCUUAGGCGCUAUUCUGUGUUGGAGGAAACUGAAGGCAGUUUCUUUGUAACCAAUUUAGCAAAGGACCUGGGUCUGGGGCAGAGGGAACUCUCUAGGCGGGGGGUUAGGGUCGUUUCCAAAGGCAACAAACUACAUCUGCAGCUUGAUCAGGAGACAGGAGAUUUGUUGCUAAAUGAGAAACUGGACCGCGAGGAACUGUGCCGUCGCACAGAGCCCUGUGUGUUACGUUUCCAGGUGUUGCUAGAGAGUCCCUUAGAAUUUUUUCAAGCUGAGCUACAAGUGGUAGACAUAAAUGAUCACUCUCCAGUAUUCCUGGACAAAGAAAUGUUGCUACAAGUAUCAGAGAACAGUCCUCCUGGGACUACAUUUCCCCUGAAGAACGCUCAAGACGUGGAUGUAGGCCGAAAUAAUAUCGAGAACUAUAUAAUCAGUCCCAACUCCCAUUUUCGAGUCCUUACCCAGAAACGCAGCGAUGGCAGGAAAUAUCCAGAGCUGGUGCUGGACAAAGCUUUGGAUCGCGAGGAGGAACCUGAGCUCAGGUUAACCCUCACAGCACUGGAUGGUGGCUCUCCGCCACGGUCUGGCACCGCUCAGGUCUACAUCCAAGUCUUGGAUAUCAAUGACAACGCUCCUGAAUUUGAGCAGCCUUUCUAUAGGGUGCAGAUCCCUGAAGACAGUCCGAUAGGAUUCCUGGUUGUCACCGUCUCUGCUACGGAUGUAGACAUAGGAAUCAAUGGAGAAAUUUCCUACUCACUUUUCCAAGCUUCAGAAGAGAUUAGCAACACCUUUAGGAUCAAUCCCUUGACAGGAGAAAUUCAGCUAAAAAAACAAGUUGAUUUUGAAACAAUUCAGUCCUACGAAGUCAAUAUCGAGGCGAGAGAUGGUGGAAGCUUUUCUGGAAAAUGCACUGUUCUGAUUCAAGUUAUGGACGUGAACGAUCAUGCCCCAGAGGUUACCAUGUCUGCCUUUACCAGUCUGGUACCUGAGAACUUGCCUGAGACUGUGGUUGCAGUUUUCAGUGUUUCAGAUCUUGAUUCGGAAGAAAAUGGCAAAAUAAGUUGCUCUAUUCAGGACGAUCUACCCUUCUUCCUGAAAUCUUCUCUGGAAAACUUUUACACCCUACUAACAGAGAGACCUCUGGACAGAGAGAGGAGAGCCGAAUACAACAUUACCAUCAUAGUCACUGACUUGGGGACACCCAGGCUGAAAACACAGCUCAACAUAACCCUGCUGGUCUCCGACGUCAAUGACAACGCCCCUGCCUUCACCCAAACCUCCUACACUCUGUUCGUGCGCGAGAACAACAGCCCCGCCCUGCACAUCGGCAGCGUCAGCGCCACUGACAGAGACUCAGGCACCAACGCCCAGGUCACCUACUCGCUCCUGCCGCCCGAUGACCCGCAUCUGCCCCUCGCCUCCCUGGUCUCCAUCAACGCGGACAACGGGCACCUGUUCGCCCUCAGGUCGGUGGACUACGAGGCCCUGCAGGCUUUCGAGUUCCGCGUGGGCGCCACAGACCGAGGCUCCCCUGCGCUGAGCAGCGAGGCGCUGGUGCGCGUGGUGGUGGUGGACGACAACGACAACUCGCCCUUCGUGCUGUACCCGCUGCAGAACGGCUCUGCGCCCUGCACCGAGCUGGUGCCCAGGGCGGCAGAGGCCGGCUACCUGGUGACCAAGGUGGUGGCGGUGGACGGAGACUCGGGCCAGAACGCUUGGCUGUCGUUCCAGCUGCUCAAGGCCACGGAGCCCGGGCUGUUCGGCGUGUGGGCGCACAAUGGCGAGGUGCGCAUCGCCAGGCCGCUGAGCGAGCGCGACGCGGCCAAGCACAGGCUGGUGGUGCUGGUGAAGGACAAUGGCGAGCCUCCGCUGUCUGCCACCGUCACGCUGCACGUGCUCCUGGUGGAUGGCUUCUCCCAGCCCUACCUGCCGCUCCCGGAAGCGGCCCCGGACCAGGCCCAGGCCGACUCGCUCACCGUCUACUUGGUCAUCGCCUUGGCCUCUGUGUCCUCGCUCUUCCUCUUCUCGGUGCUGCUGUUUGUGGCGGUGCGGCUGUGCAGGAGGAACAGGGCGGCCUUGGGGGGUCGCUGCUCGGUGCCUGAGGGCCACUUUCCUGGCCAUCUGGUGGACGUCAGCGGCACCGGGACCCUGUCCCAGAGCUAUCAGUAUGAGGUGUGUCUGACGCGAGGUUCAGGGACCAAGGAGUUCAAAUUUCUGAAGCCAAUUUUAUCCAAUUUCCAGGGCCAUUCCCCUGGGUCAGAAAUUCAAGAAAGCUCCAACUUUACAAAUGACUUUGGUUUCAACAUUCAGUUAAAAUAAUCGUUCAUAAUCCACAUUUUAAUUUUUAUGAUAAAUUCAAGUAAUGGUUUUUCUGCCAAGCUAUUAUAAAAUUUAAAUUACAUUAAAUGUCCCUGUAGGAUUUCUCAUGUUGUCACUGUUUUAAGAAAUGGGAUCUCAUCUUUUUCUUCAUUCCUAUACGGACAUGAAUGGUCUUAAACUCUCUAAUCAAAAAACACUGAUGAGGUCAAUAGUUGUACAAAU